GAUAUUCCCAGACUUUUCUUACUUUUUUGAGAUUGUAACAUUAACUUAUAAUAGAUACGAAGUGUCUUUUGUUCAUAUCGACGUCCAUCCAGAGCCAUGCUUUCCUCAUCCACAAAGGGAGCAGGUCAGUUGUCGGAGCACCUGCGUGCGAAGCGGGAACGGCAGAGACGGUUACUCGCAGGAGAAUCACCAGGAAAGUCCAGUUCUAUCACACCUUCCCAGGCAUCCAGCAGCUCGAAGCAAGGGGAGAAGACGAGUCGAAGUAACGAGUGCCCUAUGUGUGGAGAGCUGAUGCUCCCGCGAACAGCAAAAAGGCUGCCAUGCGGCCAUGGAUUUUUAUGACGAGGAAGAAAAUGCUAAUGCUGUACAUUUUGAUUGCAAAAAGAUAUGAAAUAUCAUCACCGAAGCAGAUAGCUGCGGCUUAACGCAGUGGCUUGACUGUUUUAAAAGUCAUCAAUUUUUCUCUGUCUUUGUGAAUAGGACACGAGAUUCCUCUCAGUCGGGCAGUGAAAAACCCCGUUCAAUAUUGCACUUUGACUGUAUCGAUCCGUAUAUUCGGCGUGAGCUGAUGCGGAACCCGAAAGACCCGCCGCUAUGCCCGACGUGUCGGCAUCCAAUACUAGAAACAGUCGAGUCUACCAUUGCAAGGAGGAAAAAGAAGCUGGAGGACCUGCAGUCGGGUCAAACGGGACCUUUGGGUACUUCAGCGAUCAGCAAUCCGUAUUGCAACCACAGCUACUGUGGAAUUCUUAUCAUAUUUAUAUAUAAGUAAGGAAAAUGUCAUAGUUGAUAGUUUUCAUCAAUGAAUAUGGAUAUACGUUUGUUUGUUUGUUUGUUCGUAUCGAUGCGCUCCGGCCGUCUCGUACGAUACCGCCGGGUUUCUUUGUGCUCUGUGUGUUAUGCUAUAGUCGUCGUUGCGAUCGACUAUGGUAUGUCUAGCCAUCACAGUCACCACCGCCAUUUAUGGCAUGUCGAGCUAGAUGCGCAGGAGGCGGCGACUGUGGGUAGGUAGCGUCUGGCGGUGUAGCGCGGUCGGGCUGUCUUUCGUCGUUCUUUGUGCUUACUUUCGUCUUGUCUUCGUUCUGUUUGUCGUCCUGUGCUAAUUUUCUUGUCUCCUGCUUGCUCUUUCUUCGCCACCACCUAUCUCGGCCCCGUCCAAUCGUAGCCGGCAGCGAUGGUUUUACCACAGCGGCCGCUACUCUUUUCCCUUGCCUUCACUCGAGGUGUGGCGGCUGCGCUCGCAAGAACGCACCGCCGAAGUGGUUCGCUAGGUCGCGCAGGUACGGGAUGAGCCGCUUCGGGUUAGGCGCAGCCGCCCCAACUUCCGUCGGAAUUGCGUGGCUCGCAGCUAGUGCCCGGAGCGCGGGGCACUCUAGUAGGUGCUGCGUGCUUGCUGCAAAGCUAGGACAGAACGGGCAGUAAACGCCCUCCCCGGUGACUCCGCUCGCCAAGCGUCCCAGCCUGCGUCCCAGCCUGAACGCGUGCGUUGUUGUUGGACUUAGUAAAUUUUUCUUUUCUACCUACAAGUGGUAGAUCAUUUGUCGUCCCUUUUAUGACAACAAGCAAAUAUCUCGUCAACAAAGCCAUGUGCGUUCCGAGUCCAAGGGGGAGGCUUUCGCACAAUUUGAGAAAGUACGGACGUGGCGAGGACUAUUAUGAAGAGGUGCAGGACCUAUGGAAUCCGAGUUCAGAGCUGUCGACGUUGCGGCAAAAACGGCAGGAAGCCUGUGAGCAGAAGAAUGUUGAGGUAUUCCCUAGACUACCUACAGGUAUUCGCUAGACUACCUACAUUCUUUUUUUCUGCAACAGUAGUCGCUGUCGCUGUGGGAGAAGUACUCAGUUGUUCACUGAAAACAUUUAGAGAUCUUUCAGUAUGCCCUUUUUCACCAAUGAAUAAAAUGUAAACGAUGAUUACCAACACGAAAUAGGAUGAUCAUGAUGUACUACACAUGUGGCGGACAUCCUACUUCAGGUAUUAAUUUGACGAUUCAAAAUCAUUCAGACCACAGAGGACGCUCUGUUUGAGUCGCGUGACGCAGAGAUACGAGAGCACUUUAGGAGACACGUCGAAGACGCGGAUUACGAAUUAGCGGUACCGGAAUUUUUGAAAAGUGCUGCAUCUUCGAGUCAGCACGAAGCUGCGACGGGUUCUCGUCGUUUAUCGACGGGCCCGCCCUCAUCGUCCAACAGCUACGUUGGCGGCUCUACGGCGAGGGGACAGGGGAGCGACGCUGGUGGAAAUUUGAAUACAGCGCAGCCGGUGAGUAGAAGUCGUGCAACUGCGAGUGUUACAGUAGUUAUGAUAAGGUCUCCAUAUCCAUAAAAAUUUGCUAGAAAAAUACGAUCUACCCAUGACAUCCUCUAGAUUUUCGCAUUAUCAUACCAUUUUCAGACUCAAUCCAGCGUCAAAUCAAGUAAAUGAGGAUAGAUAUGCACUACUCUCGCUAAUCUGCGAACAACUGCAACCAGUAUGCAAAGUAUUAUUUCGGAGUCUCCAGUCAUCUCGAGUAGCAGGGAUAAAGAGUCUUCGCUAGUCGUGCCCGGAAUCAAAAGUAAACCUCAAGUAGUACCGCUAGCGCAGUUGGAAAGCGAAUCGCCUGUGCGAGUCCCAGGUCUGAAGCUGACGCCACGAAAGGAACUGCGUAACCAGGAUCUCAUGAUCUACCGUUAAGGCUUGUCUUUUUUUCCAGAUUGAUAGAUUCCUGUGCACGCAGACAGAGAGGCAUUUGGUCUUCAUCAUGGUUCUCAGAUUCUAAUAGUGUUUUAUUUUGAGCUUAGUGCUCCUCUUCGAGCAUGAAAUGAAGGUGUUCGUUUGGGAACUUCAUUAUGCGCAUAACAAGUACCAGGUAGAACGAGAAGUAGACUGCUAAUUGUGAGACCCCGUUGCGGCACUGCGGCUUGCAGCGGAAGAUGGAGAUGGGCAACGCAGUUCGAGAGUUGCUGAUUCUAUUGGUUUGAGUGAGAAUGCAGUAGGUCUAGGGUCGCCACGUGGGUCUCCUAGAGAGAAAACCGCAGGGUCAACGGCACUUACUGGCAUGAAGGCCCCAGCGCGACGAAAGAAUGGCGCCUUAUCCAAGAUGCACAACGCGAUGGUCAUUGCAGACGAGUUCUUCUCCACUGUGAAUUAUGUUGCGAAAUCUUUAAACUCUUCUCAAUUUUUCUUUUCCACAAUCUUCCUCCUUCAUUCCUGACCCACGCUGGAGUUAUCGGCAAAUCGGCGAUUGAACGAUCCGGCGGCCAAGCGAAAGGCAGGAAAGCGUGGCGGCGUCAAGUUUGCGGAGUAGAGAGCGGAAUCUUUCGAUACUUAUAAACAAAACUGCAUGAUAUCUGAAGAUGUGCAACGGUGAGUUUCAAGACCAACAGAUUUUUCAAAAGAAACGAAGAACAUUACAUUUUGAUUGCAAGCAGUCGCGCUGAAAAGGAGAGUUAGUGUACCCCAGUUUCUGAGCUUUGAUGCUCCAUAUUAGUUGCAAGGGAUUGCAAUUGAAAAGAUACCAGUGUGGAUGAUCUCUAU